AUGGCACGCAGGGUGUCCAAGCCACGCGCCGGCCGUUCUCGCCUUCAUCUGUCCAGAGCCUGUCACGAUGAAGCAGUACUCGCCUCAAGCGUGUCGCUGACUACACGGCCAAUCCAUCUCGAGACCGAGUCGCUGUACGGCCGCCGGGACCAGCCGGUGUCGACGGAAGGACGUCCGGUAUCAAGGCGAAGCGAGCGACUGCAGGCACGACGUCAGCCUCUGGUAGAAACCUCCGACUCUCGCAGCGCUACGGCGGCACCACGCUUCACCGCCAGGUCUCCCCUGCAUGGCGUGUCUUCUCUGGCCCUGCCAGUGCGCGUCAGUCUGACGGAGAACAACCUGAGACGAUUCGAUGCCAUGACCCGGCCCAGAAGGCCGCCAGGGGACGAAUGGCACCCUGCUUCUGCCAUGGCAGCACCGCCUGUCAGGGACGACGCAAGAACAGCCGGGUCGAGGCAGUCCGACCCUGCGACCCCAUCGACAAGCAGGUUUGGACACCAGGCCAAGAACAACGGCGUGUUGGACCGCGUCCACUCCCAGCCGCCUGCCAACCUGGACAGCCUGCGCGAGCAGCUCAACAGGACCCGACAGACAGCGUCGCCGACCGUGUCGCAGUAUGAGGCCUACGUCUACGCCGUCGAGACCGCACCCAACGAGGCCACCAUCGUGCACGAGACCACACGCCUGCUCAAGGAGUACGAUGACCGUGGCUACCGCAAGGUGUUUAGCCAGGCCUUCACGGCCUUUCCCGGCGAUGUCGGCUUCAACGAUGGCAUGCCGGCCCCGCAGCCCGACAUGGUAGAGGGCCUCCAGCUGGACGAGUUCCACCCGUUUCCUGCCAGAGACGUGCUCGGCGGCGCGGCCGUCCUCUUCCGCGAUCGGCCCUACUCCAUCACGCUGCCGCACUUGGCUGCCGAAUGGAAGGGUCCCGGCAAGGACAUGCUGCAGGCGAGGACUCAGAGCGCCUACAACGGCGCCGCCCUCGUCUACGGCCGGAACCAGGCCCUCGCCUUUCUGCGGGCCCGCGAUCCUGCAGGCCAGGCGACCGUCUGCACCUUCAGCACUGACGGUACCAACAUCAACUUCAACGCCCACUUUGCCGCCCCGCGCUCGGGCAGGCCGCUGUCGGGCGGCCAGACGACCGAGUACCACCAAUAUCCCAUCGUCUCCACCAACCUGACCAACUCGUUUAGCGAGUUCAAGCGUGGCCGGCGACAGCUUCGAAACCUGCAGGACGGUGCUCGCAAGGCGUCGUACGCAUUGCGGGAUCGCCUCCGACAGCAUGGAGUGGCAAGUGCUGAGUCGGGCGACGGGUUUGAGACAGAGCCUGUGGCCACCUCUUCGACGUCUAAAUACGGCAGGGGACGGAGACGGGGCCGUUCGGUGGCAGAUGGGAGAUCACAACGCACGUCAGAUCGCUCGACCAGAAGGGGACGGUCAAGACGGAAACACCAAUAG